UUUCAUUUUUAUCCUUUUUUUGGUGUUGUUUCCUUCCAAUUUCACUCCUCAAUUUAUCAAAUCCCUCUCUGAAUCUCUCGUAGCUUUUAGAGAAACAAUAACUCUGAUCUUCAAACAAUUUCCGAUAGAAAAUAUCACCAGUGUUGAAGGAAAUAUCUUCCCGCCUUGGCCUGAGAGAGGUGACUUGACAGAGAAUAAAGCAAGAAGAUGGGGUCGAAAACUCCUUCCACAUCGACUGAUGAAGCGAAUGCUUCUGUAGAUGAAAGGUCUAGAAAAGGUAAAGUACCCAAAAGGAUUAACAAGGCUGUUCGGGAGAGGCUUAAACGCGAGCAUUUGAAUGAGCUUUUCAUCGAAUUAGCAGAUACACUUGAACUGAAUCAGCAGAACAGUGGUAAAGCCUCCAUUCUUUGCGAAGCUACUCGAUUCUUGAAAGACGUGUUUGGUCAGAUUGAGUCCCUUAGAAAGGAGCACACUUCUCUCCUCUCUGAAUCUAACUACGUAACCACAGAGAAGAAUGAGCUGAAGGAAGAAACAUCAGUGCUUGAGACUGAGAUCUCUAGACUACAAAACGAGAUAGAAGCAAGAGCGAAUCAGUCUAAACCCGACUUGAACACCUCUCCUGCACCUGAGUACCAUCAUCACUAUCAACAACAUCCCGAACUCGCAUCUCAGUUUCCAGGACUUCCAAUUUUCCAAGGCGCCGGCUUUCAACAAUCUGCUGCAACUCCUCCUGGUGCCACAGUUCUUGUCCUUCCUUUGCCACCCGAUCUACAGACACAAGAUACUUCAGACAUGACAGGGCGUGUGCAGACACAAGCGCCAAUGAUGUAUAGUAGCUCAAAUGUGAGCAAGCCGUGUCCAAGGUAUGCUAGCGCAGGUGACUCGUGGCCUUCUCGGCUACUUGGAUACAGUGACGGUCCUGGAUUCUAGGCCUGUGUUUUACUAUAAACCGCCUUUAAAACGUUUAGCGCUUCUCUUUUUUUGUUUGAACCUCAAAUCAAACCUUCAUUAACUUAAAUACUUAAACAAAGAGCUGUUUCUCUUUCUCCACCAUUGGAUUUAAGUAUUUAACCAAUGGUUGGAUACAUGAA